UUUAUGCUACAUAUUAUAUUACUCGUAUUGCUAUAGUGUAUAGUGUCUUAUUUAUUUAAACUUUUUAACGUGAAACAUUUCACAUAUUGAUUUUGUCCUUGAACCCUUGAACUUACGUAUAAAUGGAAUAUAAACGGCAUUUUUAAAGUGCGAUGGCUGACGAAGCAAAAGAAACGGACAAGUUAGAUGCAAAUGUGGAACCAGUUCCAAAAGUCAAGUACAAAGAUCCACACACAUUCCUGUGUUCAACUCGGUGGCGAAUGGCUGCUUAUAUAUUUGUAGGCUUCAUUCUCUUGUAUAUGCAUCGAGUGAACCUAAGUCUUGCCGUUGUAUGCAUGGUUGAUACCACACACACAGACACUACAAUGUUACACAGUAACAACAGUGGAAUAAAGACUUAUAUCAUCACUUACGGUUUCAACGGCUCUGACGAAAGGAACCUAACACCUGUAGCUAACGUUUCUAUUGAUGAGGAAGUGACGCACACAAUCGAGAAAGAGGUUGAAACUAAAUGCGGAAGUAUUGUUUCUGAAGAAAACAAGGACUGGACACCAGAAAUUCACUGGACGAAAUCAGAAAUAUCCUUUCUCUUGUCUUCUUACUUUUAUGGCUCUCUUUGCACACAAAUUUUGGCGGGAACAAUAUCCGACAUUUUUGGCGGGAAACACGUGGUCACGGCAGCCAUGUUACUAAGUACUGUGUGUUCUCUGCUAACUCCGAUUUGUGCAAGAACGAGUAUUAUACUUAUGUUCGUGGUCAGGAUAUGUGUUGGUCUCGCUGGGGGCUCAGUAGUUCCGGCGGGUAUAUCGAUGAUCAAUGCAUGGUCAACACCAAACGAGCGCGCUCUAAUGAUCGCUUUCUGCUCCUCAGGAGCGUUCACGGGAACUAUUAUAACAUUUCUCACGUCUGGGCUCCUCUGUGCGUAUGGAUUCGAUAACGGCUGGGCAUCAAUCUUUUAUAUACAUGGCUGUAUAACGGCGUUGUUUACUUGUUUGUGGAUUUUUGAAGGCCACAGCCUUCCUUCGCAUCAUCCUAGAAUAUCUGAGAAGGAACUGGAAUACAUAGAAACAUCUAGAAGUCACACUACAAAUACGAAACGUCCCAAAACUCCAUGGAAACAUUUAUUAAUCUCUAAACCGCAGUGGGCGACAUUCAUUGCACAUUUCUGUUUCAACUGGAGUUUCUUUACCAUUCUGAUCAAUGUGCCAUUGUUCCUGAAAGAAGUGCUCAAGUUUGAGGUGAAAUCGAAUGGAUUGUAUUCUGCAGUGCCAUUUGUUUUUAUAGUUAUUUCAUCGCUCGUUAGUGGAAAGUUGUCAGCGAUCAUCAUAAAAAGACAAAAUAUAGGACAUCUAGCGACAAGACGUUUGUUUAGCACUGUAUGCCAGUUAGGAAUGGCAACAUGUCUGGUAUGUGCAGGUUACGUGUCCUGUGAAGUACGACAUAUUGCUGUGAUAUUACUGUGCCUUGCGUGUACCUUUGCUGGUUUUGCAUACGGGGGAUUCCUUAGCAACCAUCCUGAAUAUGCGGGACAAUUUGCAGGAACAGCAUUUGGAAUAACAAAUGCAGGUGGCGUUGUUUCAUCAAUUGUGGCAUCCAUAAUGGCAGGUCUUCUUACGCCAAAUGGUCUACAAGAGGAGUGGCAGCGGGUAUUUUACAUGGCUGCCGGAGUCAACGUCGUUGGUACUUUAGCAUUUGUUAUGUGUUCAGACGUAUAUCUACAACCUUGGGCUAGAAACCCGGAAGUGAUCACCAUAGAAGUUGACACAGCCAAGGAACUGCAAGAUAUAAAACCUUUAAACAAGGAAAAUGACGUAAAUGUAUCAGAAACAAUAGCAGAAUUGCAGGAAAUCGGACUGCUUAACAAAGAGACAUCUGAUAAAACUUGAGAAUACAAUUUGAAAAUGAUCAGAAAAAAGAGAAAAUUUAUGCAAGAUAUUAAACCAAUGAUCCAUGACAUAUCUGAUAAAAGCUGAGAAGAAUAAGAAAUACUACAACUUGGAAAUGAUCAAAAAGGAGAUUAAACCACUGAACCAUGACACAUCUGAUAUAACUAGAGACUUAUACGAAGUAGUAUUAGAUCAAAAUGAUCAGAAGAACAAAGAAAUGCAAGAAAUUAUACGAUUAGACCAUGACAUAUCUGAUAAAACUUUAGAGAUACAAGACAUAGUACAACUUCAAGAAGUUAAAAAAAAAUUGGGGAAUGCAGUAAAGUACACCAUUAUACCAUGACAUAUCUUAUAAAACUUUAGAAGUACAAGAAAUAGCACAACUUAAACUUAUCAACAACAAAAAAAAAUACAACAAUUUAUGCCAUUAAACUAUGACAUAUAUUCUGAAAUUUUAGAAAUAUAAAAAGUACAAUGAAGAACAACUUGAAAAUGAUCAUUAUAUUAUAAUAUUAAGAAAGAACACAAUUAAGCAAAGAUAUAAAACUUUAGAAACAAAAAGAAAUUUUAAAAUGGCAUACAUGUCUCCGAACAAAUAGCAGAAAUGCCUGAAACAAGUUGUUUUCAAUAUAACUUCUAAGCAUAAGCAUAAGUACUAUACUACGGGUGCUAUAGAAUAAUUUUUUUAAUUGUUACAUAUCGGACAGGGAAGGUUGUCUCUUACCUUACUAGAAAACAAUAAAUAUUUUCAUAACCACAUAAGCCCACUCCCUGCAUAAUGGCCUGUCAGAGGUAAUCUUUUCUUGCAGUUGUUGAGAGGUUUACAUUUUUUAUGACCAUUUUCCCCACCUGUGCAUUCCUUUUGUCAUUCGGUGUCCUUUGUAUAGUCAAGCUAAAUAGUGCUAGUGUAACACAUUCCACAACAUCUUUAGAAAAUUAAUGUUUUUGCAAACUUCUCUUGGAAUCAAUAGGUAAUGAAACAUCCACAGAAUAGUUGCUCUGAAUAUACUACAUUUUUUUACCCAUCAGUAAGACGACUUUUCUACAAGACAGAUUCCUUUGAUUGCUACAAAAUUGGAUGUAUUUUGCUCACUCUUAUGAAAUACUUUAGGGCACUUAUUAGACGAGGCAACACAUUAGGUCAAACUCUGAAGGAGAAAAACUUCGUCUUACAGGCGAGUAAAUACAAUAUUUUGUGUAUUGCACAUUGUAAUAUAUGUCGUCAUUGUAAUAGAUAUGUAUUAAUUUA